AAAGACGAGGCACUUGGGGACAUGGAUUAGUGGUGGCCUUGGCAGUGCUGGGCAUUGGUUGGACCUAAUCUUGGAGGUCUUUUCCAAAAUAAAUAAUGAUCCUAUGAUUUUAUUCCAACUCUGUUUAGUAGAUGUAAUUUCAUUGCCCCAGUCACAACUUCGUUCUUAGGGAAAUAGUGACUGUUUUAAAGUCAUAUAAAACCAUAGUCAAUUAGCUUUUUUUUCUAAUCAGUAUAAUUACUGUGUGUUGGUUUUAUCACAGUAUCCUGACUUUAAUUAUUUGCAGCUUGGGAGAACUGUUUCUUGCAUGAAACUUUAUAUUCAAAGCCAGGGCAGAUGGGCUUGAUAAGCAGAAGCUGAAAGUAAACAGCAGUCUAUCCUGCUCAUAGCAGGCAGCUUUCAGAAAUUCUAUCCAGAGUAUUGAGUUUGAGAAAGUCUGACCAAGCUGGGCUUUGUAUUUUAGGAUUUUUAAAACAAGAUUUAGUGCAACAAACUGGAGAUUACUUGCCAGGGCUUUUAAUGGUGAAUUAUUGGCAUCAAGGUGUGCAGAGCAGAAGGCAGCUGCUGAGAGUGAUCCUGCAGCUCAUACCUCUGCUCUGAUGCCCUGUGGUUUGAAGUUUAGAUAAUGUGGCUCCUUAAAUUGAGCAAACAGAAUGAAAUUACAUGCAAACCCAGUUCUUAUUAUUUUGCAUUGUUAGUGUUCCAUGCAAGUUGGAAUUAAACAGGAUGGUUAUUCAAAACAAGUCUAGAUCAAAUAAAACCUGGUGUUUAAUUCACAUAUUACAGAACAGUAUUUAACAGGUAAUUAACAAAAAUCAUCCCAUAAAGGACAAAAGUGUGGUACUUUGCUGGUUUCCAGAAGCAGAACAAUGGAGUAAUUUUUCUGAAUGUUUCUUUCAUUGCAGCAGUUCGUUUAAUGGCUUCUUGCACACUUGCUUCCAUUUUGUACUGUUUUUCUCACUCACAAACCCAGUGGCCCUCAGAAGCAUUCUCACCUCCUGAAUCUUUGAUACCACUGCUGUUAUGUUCACUUAGGGUUUAAAAAUGUUCUGUAGUAAUGUGUAAAAAAAAAUAAAGCUUACCUGAAGUGCAGUUAACUUGAGUUUUAUACAAGUUAAAAUCUAAUUUUGAGAUUUGAUGUGCAAAAAAAACCAAAACAGCCAAAAACAUCCCCCAAAAAACCUCAACAAAAAAAUCAGUGUUGUGUAUUUUCAGUUUUUAAAAAUCAUCUUUGUGGCUGGUGAGCUGCUGGCUCAGUGUGCUCCUCUGAGGCAGCUCAGGCUGAGCAAGUGCAAGAUGCUGGGUUUGAUUUUUGGGAAAGCCAAGCUCUGGGUGGUUCAGAGCUCUUGUACAGGGCGAGGAGGUGUCCGAGAGCACCUGGAGGGGCUCGGGGCCCUGGGGCAUGUACCCACCAAGGGCUGGGGCUGGCUGGGGCAGCUGGGGAUUUGCUGUGGUGGAGAGGGCUGUCAGGGGUAUGAGUGGGGCAGGAGCAGCUGCUCCCUGGAUCCUCCUCUGGUGGCUUCAGCCUUGGAGCUGACAGCAGCUUCACUCAGCCUCUCAGUGCAGGAGGAGAGAGGCAGGGAGGGGUUCCUGCCGUGCCAUGAUCCAAGGACUUUCUGUGCCAGCCACAAGAAGAUGUGUGCCUGCUCUGCAUGAGGACCUGGUGACUGGGUGGUGGUGCAGGUGAAAAGGCUGUGGUAUCUUUAUCACUGUCAUGCCUCUGCUUCAUCAAAGUGGAACAUCAAGUAGAUGAUAAAAUUAUGGUUUCAUUUACCAUGGCUGUGGCUGAAAAGGGACAUCCUGCUGCUCUGCUUGCAUGUUUUUCCUGACCCUCAUCCUGCUGGCUCCCCUGGAACAGGGCUGUGCAGGGCCAGAGCUGAUCUUUCUGUCAUCAGCUUAGCAGAAAUACUGUGCUUGGGUCUCUCUGGUUUUUCUUCUCUUUCUCUUUCUUUUCCCUUGGCAGAUCCUACACCCAGACUGGUGUUCAACCUCACAAGCCUCUGGAGGCCAGGAAGGAGGGAGUGGCAGGCAGGCAGGAGUGGGGUGCAGGAGCUCAGGAGAAGCAGGAGCCCUCCCUUUUCCCACACCACUGGCUUGAAGACUGCUGAGGAACACACAGUUUGAAUAAUUCAAGCAUUAAAAUAGUAAUACCCAUGGAAGAGCCACAAGACUUACCUGAGCAACCAGUGAAAAAAGCCAAGAUGCAGGAAUCCAGAGACCAGAGCCUGAGUCAUGUGAGCAGCACAGAAGUCAGUGAUCAGAAAACUGAAUCUUCAAACCUUGGUUCAAACCUUCCCAUGUCCAGUGAGAUUAUGACAUGCACUGAUUAUAUCCCAAGGUCAUCAAAUGAUUAUACCUCACAAAUGUAUUCUGCAAAGCCAUAUGCACAUAUCCUCUCUGUACCAGUGUCGGAAACAAUGAGCCCUUACCCUGGUCAGCCUCAGUACCCAGCACUACAGCAGUCCCAGCCCUACACCAUCUACCCCCAGACCACCCAGACCUAUGGACUACCUCCUUUCGGUGCACUGUGGCCAGGUAUGAAACCUGAAAGUGGUUUAAUUCAGACUCCAUCUACAAGUCAGCACAGUGUUCUUACCUGCACUACAGGGUUAACCACAAGCCAGCCCAGCCCAGCACAUUAUUCUUAUUCCAUUGAAGCUUCAACUACCAAUGCCAGUCCAGUCUCUACAUCCUCAACCGUUGUCAAUAUUUCCACAUCAGCAGUAGCCAGCAUCUCACAGGAGUAUCCUACCUACACCAUCCUUGGCCAGACCCAGUACCAGACCUGCUACCCCAGCUCAGGCUUUGGAGUGGUGCCACCAGCAGACAGCAGCACGGAGAGCUUGGCAUUAGCCAGCACCACGUACCCAGAGGAGAAACCAAAUGCCCUGGUGCCAGCUCGGGCAGUGCAGAGACCUUCCUCUGGAGAUGCAUCCACAAGUCCUUUGCUACCAAGAGCAACAGCAAGUAAAGAGUUAGAUGAGCAAGCAAGAAAAAACAUCUCUGGAAAGAACAGAGGGAAGAGGAAAGCAGACACCUCCUCCUCACAGGACAGUGAACUGGAGCGGGUGUUUCUCUGGGACCUGGAUGAGACCAUCAUCAUCUUCCAUUCUCUUCUCACAGGGUCUUAUGCUCAAAAAUAUGGCAAGGAUCCAACUCUAGUGAUUGGCUCAGGUCUGUCCAUGGAGGAGAUGAUUUUUGAAGUUGCUGAUACUCACUUGUUUUUCAAUGACUUGGAGGAGUGUGACCAGGUACACAUAGAAGAUGUGGCAUCUGAUGACAAUGGCCAGGAUCUGAGCAACUACAACUUCUCCACGGAUGGGUUCAGUGGCUCGGGAAGCAAUGCAAACCACAGCUCCUCGGUGGGUGUGCAGGGGGUGGACUGGAUGAGGAAACUGGCCUUCCGCUACCGCAGGGUACGCGAGAUCUACAACAAGUACAAAACUAACGUUGGAGGCCUGCUUAGCCCACAGAAGAGGGAAGCUCUGCAGCGACUGAGGACUGACAUAGAAGUGCUGACAGAUUCCUGGCUGGAAACUGCAUUAAAAUCCCUGCUGCUCAUCCAGUCCAGAAAAAACUGUGAGAACAUCCUGAUCACAACCACCCAACUGAUGCCAGCUCUUGCCAAAGUUCUUCUGUAUGGAUUGGGCGAGGUGUUUCCCAUUGAAAAUAUUUAUAGUGCUACAAAAAUAGGUAAAGAGAGCUGCUUCGAGAGGAUCGUGUCACGGUUUGGAAAGAAGGUGACGUACGUGGUGAUCGGAGAUGGGCGUGACGAGGAGGUGGCAGCUAAGCAGCACAACAUGCCAUUCUGGAGGAUCACAAAUCAUGCUGACCUCGUGUCCCUUCACCAAGCCCUUGAGCUGGACUUCCUGUAAGAAGCUGGAGCAAAGACGUGACUGCAGCUCCCGCCAGCCCUCUCCAUUACUGGGGGGACAGAAAUCUCACAUGUUUGGGGACUCACCUUUCAGCUUGAUGAAGAAAACAUACCUAAUGCAAACUGUACAGUGGAAUAUGACAGCAGGUUGUUCCUUGGGAGCUUGGGCCCUGCCACGUCCAGAGGUGUCCUGUGAAGAAGCUCUAGACUCAGCAGAGCUAGAGCUUGUCUGCAGAAGGGACUUAAAGAGCCAGCUGAAUGCAGGUGCCUCCAGAGGGAGGGGCCAUAAACAGCAGAUUUAUGUGUAAGAGCCUUCUUCUUUCUAUUCAGCUUAGUUGUAGAACCAAGUAAACACAAAAAUUUAUUUUUAUAGGAAAACGCUGAUGGCAGAGCUUAAACCUCCCUUGUUUUGCAAAGCCGAAGAGCUGUGGGUUUUUUUCAUAGGAAAUAUUAAUGAAAAUGUCAAAAAUACCUCUAUUGCUGUAAAAUGUGUCCUCUUUCCUUCCCUGGUUGUUCAAAACAGUUAAUUUAUUGCAAUGUCCUUAUGUUAUUUCCUCAGUGUGGGAUUACUGGAAAAUAUAAAUGUAAGGGAAUGCUUCUGGAAUAUGUGGUUCCUUGUAGAGGCAAGUAUUGCUGUUCUGAGUUGAUCCCAGUGGCUUCUAGUCAAUGUGUGCAGAAGCCCUUUUAGGCAGCAGGAGAUCACUGGAUUUCAGCCUUUGUCUGGACUGUAGAUCCUACAGAUUUUCCCUGCAAAGAAAAAUGAAAUGGCCUCUGAACAUCAGGUACAGCAGACUGGUGCAGACUGCUCAGAUGUGAACUGAGUCCUCACCUGGACUAGGAAUAAUCUAAUUCCUAAAUCCUCAUGAAUGUUGCACAGAGAAGGCUCUGGCUAUGGUAUAACCUUCACCUCUGUGUUCCUGACCCUAUUUGUAAGUUCCUUUUAGUAGAAUCAGAUUCAAUUUUCUUAUAUUCUUUGCAUUAGCCUAACUACAUAGUGACAAACAAAUGCCUUGUUAAGAGGGACUUAAUUUUCUAAGACACUGUGACUUGGCAGCAUGGAGCACUUGGGAGGGAUGGUGAUGCUGAUUUUUCCGCAGCUGUCUCAGAGCAGAGGCUGGAGUCAGUGACCUGCAGCUCCCCUGGCCAGGAACAGCCAGCCAGGGACUGGGGCUGGCACAGGGGCUGGUUUUGUGCCAGCUCAGGCAGUGUUUGGUGGUCCCCCCCGUGCACCCUGAUGGCACCAGAUCAGCAGGUGCCCUGAGGACAGGUGUGUGCUGUGCCCCAGAACCUGCUGCUGCUGCUCCUGCAGAGCCAGGCCUGUGGCUGCUCCCAGACCCCUCCAGAUCGUGGUCAUCAGCCCCACAUCAGCCAUCAGGAGGCUGGGCUGAAAGUCUGUCACUGCAGGGAGGACACUGACCCAUUUGCUGUGCCCAUACAGGCAGGAUGUGUUUGCUGCAUUUCUUUCAUGGCUUUAAUUACUGAGGGUUAAUUUCCAUCAGUGCAGGGGAAGCUGCUAGGCCAGCUUUGCACAGGCUCUGCUGUGCCCUGGGGGCAUCUGUUCCUGGGCCAGCUCCAGUGACCAGGGGGUAGAAGGUGCCUAGAGCCAGGGGUUUGGAUACCUCGUGCUCAGGGACUGGACCUGGGAGGUUUAUUUCACAUGGUACCAGCUCCAAUUUCUCCUUGGGUUUGGUUGGUUUUGGGUUUUUUGAGAUUAAUUAAAUUGGAAUCAAAGGCAAUUCUCUUUCUCCAGGGUGGUCCCUGGAGUCAGGAGUGAUCUGCUUUCCAUUCAGCUCCUUGCCAGGAGUUGGCCUUGUGCUCUGAUCCCAGGUGGAUACUGGGUCUGUGUAUUUCCCCAGGAGCUCUGCAGCAGGAACAUGCUGUGUGGGAGCUGCUCAUCCCAUGAGGAAAAUCUGAGGAGUCUGCUGUGGGUGUCACUGGGCAGCUCAGCAGAGGGAAGGGUGUUGGGCUGCCCGGGGGCUGCUGGCCCAGCAGAGCCCGGGGGCAAACAGGGGCUGGGAGUGCUCAGCAGGGGAUUUGGAAAGGGGAGCAGGAUCCAGGGGUGUUCUCUGUCUGCACCAAAUGGAGAGCCAAGGUGUGUUUGCACCUGUUCCAAGGCAGCUGAGGCAGGUCCAGCUCCCUUACUGCUGGGUCCAUAGGGUCCAGUUCCUCUGGGGUCCCUGUGAAGUGCCAGGGUGUGUGAGGAGCAGCCUCAUUGCUCCCAGGCUGGAACUGUCACAGAGGAUCAGGACUCAGUUGUAGUCACAGAAGAGAAUGUGCUGACCUGAACAUCCCUCAGCCCAUCCAAAGGUCUCCUGUAAGCAGGUUGGGGAGCUGUCCCAGUCUGUGCAGCAGCCUGUUGGGAGCAUAUCUCAUACUCCAGCUGGCUGAAUUUGGGAUUCAAACCUGUGCCUUAACCUCCCACCACCGGCACGGCCCACGUGCUGCCAUCGGAGGCAGCCGAGCAGAGCCGUGCUGGAGAGGGGCUGGGUUUGCCCAGGCACUGGCAGCAGGUGCUGGACCUGCAGGCCUGAGCUGCCUGGCAGCUGGCUGUGCUUUGUGUUUGUUUACUUCAAAUGUUUUAAGAAAAUUUUAAGAUGUUGGUAAAAUUUUAGCUGAGUGUGGAACUCGCAGCCACUGACAUUUCAUACUGGUAUUUAUAUGAUGUUUCCUUGAAUGUAUGUAAAGUACUUUUAUAACAGGAGGUUGAUGGUACAUUUCUGUGUUUGUUAAUAAAGAGGUGACCUGGCUGUUUUAUUUUUUCCUCUACUGGCUGAAUUCAAGCCUUUUCCUGUCUCUUUUGAGGCAAGAACAGCAUCUCUAUCCAAGCAUUGAUUUACUCCUGUCUCUGUCACCAGUUCAGCUACAGUCAGGUCAGGGGUCAUGGGAGAGCAAACCUGAACACCUGAAGGACAGUCAGCCUGGAGGCCCAGAGCACCUGAGCUCACCUGGGUCCUGCUGGCUUCCCCUUUAGCUUCAACACAGCCACAGAGGCUUUAAAAAACACCUGAUCCACUAAUAUUUGUUGCCUCUAACAGCCCUUGGGGAGAUGUCUGUGCUGGCACUGGUGGGAAGCAGUAGGACCCCUGGAGCCCACAGCACCUCUUCUGCUCUGCUAUGAGGGGUGAUCUCAGGUGCUGCUGGCUGUGGGGCCUUUGCCUGCUCAUGGUCUGUAAUGGGAACUGUCCUGUGAACUGGAAAAAAAAAAAUAAAGUCUUUAUUUUCUAUA